AUGAUGCUCCCUCGGAAGAGGCAGCGCCGGGAUCUCCCAGAGUCCAGCGGCUCCUCAGUCGCCAGCACCCCUGUACCGACGCCUGCGAAGGCACCUAACCCCUCGACGUCAUCACUGGACCAGCCAAGCACGCAGCAGCAGACACUGACCCUCAGCCCUUCCGGUUCAGACCCCACGGCUCAGUCAGCCCAGCCACUUCCCAUGCGACAGGUCCGCAAGUCACAAAGCUGGUACGGAUCUUGGCCCAGGGCUCCCAAGGCAUCGGCUUCCACCUCGGUCGCGCGCGAAACUAUAUUCGGAGAUAGUGUAAAGUCAGACAAAGGGCCUGAUCUUGGAAGGUUUGAGCCCAAGAAGGAUGUUACCGACGCCACCGGUUCGCAAGCCGCGCUGAUGGAAGGUAAUGUUGGGUUACCCAAAGUGCCGGAGGAUGAGGCUGCCGACAAUCAAGCCGAGCCGGACAAGGAGCCAAAGCCUACGACGAGCGAUAGUCAGCAAGCAGCUUCUGUAGACUCAGCCGCUACCGCGGUUGACCAGGCUGGUAGUGUCGAGAUGCCAGCGCCUCCAAGGCCGGCCACAUCAUCGGGGUGGCUCGGCUGGUGGUCGAAGACGCCUUUCACUGAUACGCAGCCUAGCACGGCUGCACCUCCUCCGGAAAGCAAGGAUGACAUGAAAGUCGAUGAGCCCGAACGCCCAGUCACCCCGCCAGCCCAGACUGAAGAUGCCGAGCGAGCUCAGGGAGAGCCUGAGCAACCCGUGGCCGCGCCGCAGUCCACGUCUUGGUUUGGGUUCUGGGGUGCGUCUCCCGCUCGCAACAACAAGCCAGCACCUAAUCCCGAGCCUCAACCUGAUAUUCAGACUACAGAAACAGCACCAGCUGCAGCUACACCAGAACCACCGCCACCUACACAGGAUAAGCCGAUGACUGAACCUCCACCCAAGGCUGGCUCAACAUGGGCGUUCUGGUCGAAGGAUUCUCCAAAGCCCAAGGGUAACACCUCCUCUCCCCAGGACCCUGGAGAGAUUGCAGUUAUUGGUGAGGGCUCAGAAGCACACCCUCAUCCGAUGGCCGAGGGCGAUGUUUCCAACACCCCUUCAAAGGCCCCCAAAGAGAAAACGAAGGUUGAAGAGCCAAAGCCUAAAUCAACAUGGAGGAGAAGUAACAAGAGAGUGCGGCCAGUUUCGAUGGAUUUGGAAUCUCAAGCAUCAACCUCGUCCGGGCAAAUGAGCCCAGCGAAACCAGGAACACCACAACCCCCUUCUCAAGCCGAACAACCAGACUCCAACAAGACUGCCAAAGCAAGCCAGUCAAAACUAAACAAGGUGACGCCAGAGCCUGAAACCCAGACUCAAAUGCCAGCCAACUUGCUCCUCCCUUCGUUCACAAGCACCUAUCAGAUGAAAGAGAACCCAUCUAUCAUCAAGCAGAUUGCGAAGCUUUUGCUCCGUACCCAGAACCCACCCGCCAAUCAUGUCUAUCGGGUAAACGAGCCGCCCAAGAUUCGUAAAGCGAUAGCAAUUGGCGUUCAUGGUCUCUUUCCAGCUACUUACCUGCGGCCAAUGAUGGGCCAACCCACUGGUACCUCCUUAAGGUUCGCCGGUCUCUGUGCAGAUGCUAUCAGGAGAUGGACAGAUAGUCACGGUUGCCCUGAUUGCGAGAUUGAGAAAGUAGCCCUGGAGGGUGAAGGCAAGAUCAGUGAGCGUGUGGAUAACCUCUGGAAGCUACUUCUCAACUGGAUCGAGCACAUUCGGAGUGCAGACUUGGUCCUCAUUGCCUGUCAUUCACAGGGUGUCCCUGUGAGCAUAAUGCUUAUCGAGAAGCUCAUUGACCUCGGUAUCGUCACCAGCUCCAGGAUUGGUGUUUGUGCAAUGGCCGGUGUAUCCCUCGGGCCCUUCACGGAUUAUAAGUCGAGCAUAUUCAUGGGCUCUGCCGCAGAGCUUUGGGAGUUUGGCAAUCCACAAAGCAACAAUUCGCAACGCUUCGAGGCGGCUCUGAAGCGAGUCUUAGAUUACGGAACCAGAAUCACAUUCAUUGGCAGUAUCGAUGACCAGGUAGUUCCAAUGGAGUCUGCGAUCUACUCUCCUGCCAAUCACCCAUACAUAUAUCGGGCUGCAUUCAUAGAUGGUCGGAUCCACGCCCCCGACUUUAUCGCACAUCUAGUCGGUUUUGCUCUCAAGCUCCGCAACCUCGGGAUUUCAGACCACGGGCUCAUUCGGGAGUUGUCUAUCCCACUUGCCGGCUCGCUCUAUUCGGGUGAAGGUCACUCCAGAUUGUAUUAUGAUUCUGCGGUCUACGACCUCGCUAUCUCGCACGCCCUUGAAACUACGUCGACCCCUCAUCCAACCCCUUGUUCGAUCCAGCAUCGCGCCGCAGUGGCUGGCACUCAACCCAAUCCGUACGUACUUCCAUGGAUUAUGAGAGGUCUUCUGGAGGAGGACUUCGUAAAAACCGAGCUCAGCCAUGAGACCGAUGAGCUGUUGAGGCAGUUUGACGCCUGGAAGCCAGUCAACAAGGCUCUCAAGGAUGUAAAAUACAGAUUAGAAGCGGUUCGCUCAAAGCUAUGA